AUGGUCGACUACAUGCUUGGCCACCAUGCGCACGCGCCGUCCGCACCAGCACCACCACCGCAGCCGACUCAGAGUCAGCAGGCGGUGUCGUUCGACAAGCUCAGCUUCUCCGACGUGCUGCAGUUCGCCGACUUCGGCCCCAAGCUCGCGCUCAACCAGCCCGCCGCCGCGUCGGCCGGCCAGGAACAGGGCGGCGAGGACGCGGACGACGUCGAUGGAUACUUCAGGUUCCAGUCGCUGCCAGCGACCCUCCCGCAGCCGCAGCACCACGCGGACCGUGAGGCGGCGGGCAGCAAGACGACGGCCGAGGAUGGUGGAGCCGGCGGCGGCGUCACCGAGAGCACCACGCUGGUUCAGCAGGGCGACGGCAGUGGCCGUGCGGACAAGGCCGGGGACCAGGGGAAGACGAAGGGUACGUUGGUCACAGUACCAAAAAACUGA